AUGCCUGUAACGAGGUCUCAGAAGUCGUACGCAGUGAAGAGGACUACGGACGAGACAUCUGCCGUCUCCAUGACGAGGUCUGCAGACGCAACGCAGUACGCAUCGGCAUCGGGUGCAACCACAGGAGGUACAUCAGGUCCACAACCGCCGUCAGAGCCGACGACGGAGACGCUGCCCCCUCCAUUGUUGCCACCCUGCGCUAUAGUCGCCGGUGCCACAACUGCCGUUGCCCCCACCGCCGCAGUCAGCACUGAAGUUGAUAGUGUCGAGUCAACAUCGACGAAACAGGGAAGACUACGUCUUCCAAGUUCAUCGCGCUCCACUGCUUCCAGUUCACGGCGAAAAGAAUUAGCCCAGGCCCGCUUGGAAGCUCUUGAGAAACGAAAACGCGCGGCGGAAGCUAACGCUCAGGUGGCUAUAAUUGCCGCCAAAGCUAAAGCUGAGGCAGCUACAUUUGACGCUGACUUGGCUGCAGCCAAGGUCGCCAUGCUAGAGGAAGACUCGGAAGAGGAGCAGAUAGAACCAGAUGAUGAAACCAUAAAAGAAGCGCGCACGUCCGAGUGGGUUCGGAAAAGUACACUCGCAGUCACGUCACAAGACGUCGUCGCGUGCGAAGUCCCACCUGAACAUGCGGGAAAUGUUGUCGCCAGCAGAGUAACGCCUAAUUCAGCAGGGAAAACAGUUGCCUGCCAAGUUCUGACUGAACCUGCAGGACCAGGAUGCCAUGCUGAACGAGCAGCCAUAACCGAAGACCCAAGGAGCGUACACCAUGCGCAAGAGAAGCCCACGAACGUUAGGGCAAUCGAACCUGCUAUUGUGAAACAGGACUACCAAGAUCUUGCAGCUGCCAUAGGCUCUGCUGUUGCUCGCUCCAUACAGCCUAUUAGUACAGUUUCUGCACGAAUAGUGGAAUUACCGAACUUUAAUGGUGCAUCAUCGGAUUGGUUGCCAUUUAAAAGAGCCUUUGAAGAAUCUGAGUACCAACUAAGUGAACAAGAGAAUCUAGCAAGAUUGCGUAAAAGUCUGCGUGGUCUUGCUAGAGACGCAGUGCACUGUCUAUUUGUUGGGUCGACAACUGCGCGGGAAGUCAUGGAGCUUUUAGAAGCCCGAUUCGGCCGACCAGAAGCGAUUGCCAUAGCUGAAUUGAAUAAGCUGCGCAGCCUGCCGAAACUAUCCGCCAACCCGAGUGACAUCUGCGUAUUCGCGUCAAAAGUUAUAAAUGUCACGGCCACUAUACGGGCACUUGAGAAUCCACAACAUUUGUGUAACGCGGAAGUCGUGCGAACAGUCGUGGAAAAGAUGCCGCCUGCCGUACAGUUCCAGUACUACAAGUUCAACAAAGAGCAACCUAAAGGCCAACCUAACCUCAUCACGUUGGCUAACUUCUUUAAACUUAUGACCAGUGAAGUUGGUGAAUUCGCUCCAGCGGAAAUUAUAAGUGCUGAAGACCGGCGGGAGCCUCAUUCGAGAAAACCACAGCGAAGUUAUCACGUCACAGACACAUCGAUGGCUUCCAACACGCUUACUACGUGUCCGGUCUGCAAACAAGAGCACAGCAUCACCGAUUGCACCAAGAUGAAGAAAGCCAGCGUACAAGAAAGAUGGAACUUGGCCAAAACACACAAGCUGUGCUUCCGCUGUCUAAGAGUUCGACGGUUUCGGCACAUUUGUAAGUUGAAGAGAUGUGACAUUAAUGGGUGCCGAUCUUCACAUCAUCCAAUGUUGCAUGAUGAUAUUGCAAAAACAACGCACAGUGAAACAACGACCGUCAACGCUGUGACGACAACGAAGACAGUAGAAAAAGUGAACAAUGUGUCAGGGCUGCUAAAGAUUUUGCCAGUGCAAGUGUCGGGUCCAAAAGGCGUGGUUGACACCUUCGCCUUACUUGAUGACGGUUCAACGUGCACCAUAAUAGAAUCAGCAACCGCCGAGAAAAUUGGUGCUGAGGGUCCAACAAUGCCACUAAUAGCUGAAGGAGUCGGUGGUGCACAGAUACGAGCAUGUGAUUCAAGGAGAGUACGUUUUCAUAUAAGUGGUCGUAAUACUGAACGACGAGAGAUUACUGCGAGAACAAUGGAUAAUCUAAAUCUGUCACCACAAGCCGUUCCACGACGAGUCAUCCAGGAUUGUCCUCAUCUGCAAGGUUUAGAAAGUCUGCUUCUUCAUCAAAAUGGGAAGCCGACAAUCCUGGUGGGCCAAGAUAACUGGGAUUUGCUCCUAGCUCAUGAACUUAGAAGCGGAGACAAAAGCCAACCGGUAGCCUCACGUACUGAACUAGGAUGGGUCCUCCAUGGAGUGAGUCAACUUAGAUCUGCUGAAGAAGUGCAUCGUAUCUCUCACAUACAGAAUCAUCAAGACGAAACUAUGGAGGUAAUGAUGAAAGAACACUUUGCACUAGAAUCCCUGGGAGUAGAACCUAAACGUUCCUACAACGACACAGAUCGGCGUGCACUGCAGCUUCUCGAGGACAAUACUAAGAGUCUACCGGCGGGAGGCUAUGAAACCAGACUGCUGUGGAAAGAUCUCGAUUACAAACCACCUAAUAACUACGAGUCAGCUUUAAGACGCCUUGAACUUUUAGAGAAAAAACUGGACAAAAAUGCUGAUUUGAAACGACGGUACAAAGCUCAACUGCAGGUAUUGAUAGACCAAGGCUACGCUGAACGUGCACCUGAAACAAAGCCUGAGAGAUUAUGGUACUUGCCUCAUUUUCCGGUAAUCAAUCCGCAAAAACCUGAAAAACUACGCAUAGUCCACGAUGCUGCAGCUAAGACUCGAGGUAUCAGUUUAAAUGACAUGCUCUUGUCUGGACCAGAUAUGCUCCAAUCUCUACCGGGAGUAUUGAUGCGCUUACCGUAG